AUGAUUUUUUUGCUUUGGUCGCAGACGUUCAGCACGGGCUUCACGCAGUCGUGGCAGGAGUUUGACGCGCACUGCCGGUACCAGCCGUCCGAGCUGCCUCUCAUCAGCUGCCUGGACGAUGUCGACGAGCCGUGUGAACUGGGCUGCAGCGGUCUCUCCUACUGCACCAACUUCAACGACCGACCGACGGAGCUCUACCGCAGCUGUAACCGACGCGCCGACGCCGCCGCCCGCAACGACAUCAUGCUGUGGCGUAACGGCACCAUCAACCAUCGCAUGCUGCUCAUGAACAUACCCGUGCUCGAUAUCGGACGCUGCGAGCCGCAGCUGUGGAAGGCCAUCGCCUGCAUGCUGCAAGUGAAGCCCUGCAACACGCGCACCUACACGAACCCGAUCUGCAA